AUGGCAUCGCUUCUCACAAUACCCCUGGAAUUACUUGUCGCCGUCUCAGAGUACCUUCCCACCGAAGAUCUAGGAUCGCUCCGACUUGUGUGCAAACAAACUGAGAAGUCGCUCUACGAAUGGUUCUCGAAAGAAUUCUUCUUCAAAAAGCAAUUCAUGCUUACGCACAAGAGCUUGCAAGCACUUGUUGACAUAUCCAAACACGCCAGUCUUUCCAAGAAAGUGUCGCAUCUCAUCAUUGCCACGAACGUUUAUACUGAGAUACCGCUACGCUUCAGAGAUGAAGACGCCGCUAUACGCUACAUCCAAGGCUAUGAGGAGCAGAAAACUUUGUUAGGCACAGGUAUCGAUCGCGAGAUGCUCACAGAAGCUUUCGAGCGUCUUGAAAACCUUACCACCAUCGGGAUCCGCGACUUCAACGCGAGCAAUCGAGUCCGCGACGGCAAGAGUUGGGCUUCCUGGGGCGCGACCACCGUCUAUCGCGAGACCGGUAUUGGGAUGCAGUUUUCUGAUCGCGACACUUUCGCACAUGAGAUCGGCACUCGUUUUGCAUCUCGUGUCUUCUCCUGUGUGCUGUACGCUCUAGGCAAGGCGAACCGAAGACCUACUGAAUUUGAGGUGCUACUCCGCCAGCGUGGCCUUCCAGAUACCGCAUUCUUUCUCCCCGAUUAUAUCCGACCGACCAUUGAGCCCAUACUGCAAAAUACAACCACAUUACUACUAAAUGUGGAUCUCAAGCCUCGUUAUCUGCACACUCACAGCAAUGGAACGUCUGCAGACCCGAACGCGGGACGCUCACUUCGGCGCUUCCUACACUUCACCCCAAAUCUCAUACACCUCCGCCUAAACUUUGAGAAACAUCUGGUAGCCAACAACGAGGAUUUUCUGCAGUGGUUGGGUACUCCAGAGCCAGUCGACGUUCCAAGCAACACCGCUUUUCUUGACCCCGCCACAAUCACUUUACCGCUCUUGAAGAAGCUCGAACUCGGUCAGUUAAGCGCUCGCGCUGACAUUCUUGUCGCUCUCAUCACGAAGUUCGCACCGACCCUGGAAGACCUGAGCCUUUGGAGAAUGAACCUCCCCUCUGCAGCCGCUCCGCCGUUCGGACACAAGCCCAACUUCUGGAGGAACUUCUUCCACACACUAUCCAAGAUUCAGAGACUUGCUCUCAGUCAUCUAAAAUUUGGUCUGCUGCAGCAAGAUCAUAUGCAUGUGGGGUUCAAGCAAGAGGAUGCUGACGGGGACUUGAAGGCACCUUCCAGAACGGUGAAGGAACACACGGGGACGGAUAUGAGAAAGUUCUGGAAGGAGUUAGAGGAGGAAGUGACCGUGAAGUGGCCGGAAGAGGUACACGUGAUUGAUGCCUCGGACGAAGAUGAAGACGAGGAUAUGGAAGAUGACGACGAUGAUGAUCAUGAUCAUGAUGAUGACGACGACGACGAGAGCGACUAA